AUGACAGUCACUUCUCCUCAAACGGGAUCCACUCAACAACCGAGAAUAGAAGCACAGCAUGUAUCACAUCGGUUAGUUGUUGAGCCGGAACCGCGGGUUUUAUGUGGACUACCGGUUGGGGGUGCUGUAGGAAUUCUUGGAUCCAUUCUGAUGAUAUGUCAAAUCUUUGGACUUUUCUAUCUGUCACCAUUCUUGCUCUACUUUUUCGAAAUUUCCAUAGGUAGCGCAAUGAUGUUCAUAUUAUCAACAGGAGCCAAACAUAGAAAAAUUGCCUACAUCACUGCAUAUAUGCUGUAUAUUUCAAUGUAUACGUUCUGGGUAUUUUUCUUGAUCUUAGGGGCAAUUUUGGCGACUAUUUAUCUUGUGGAUAAUAACAGUAACAUUUGCAAUCCAGAUCAUAUUGAAAACCCAACCACUCAAAAAGGAUGUAUCACACAAAAGUUCACGACUGGUGACGUUGAGAUGGUGGUGAUUUCGUGUUUCUUCCUCACCGUGAGUAUCAUCGUCGCACUAAUUCAAAUGCGAUACCUCAUGAUUCUUUACAACUUUCUGAGAAGAAACGCCCACAGACUACCAACCCACCAAGCUAACAACUACAACGUUCAAUAUAUCGUGCCUACCCCAAUCAGCCCGAAUGGAAUGCCUCCUCCGCCUAGAUACACUGCAUAUGCCCCACCAGUUCCGAUGCAGGCGGCACCCACCGAAGUUAAACAACCACUACCAAAUGAAAAUGAUGUGCCUACUCCCAGAAAUGGAUCAGUAACAUCUACACCCAUCUUGACCGUCAGUAAUCUUGAACAAAUAGGAGCGGAUAACUUGGCUUUUGGAGAUGACACUACAGACCGUUCGCGUGCUCCUUCACGCCCUCCAGCAUACAGUGAUGUCGUUGAACCCGGGCACAUUACUGUUAGAAACGAUGCUCUAUCCUAA